AUGGUCAAGCCACGUGUCUUCAUGAAUUUCAACAUCGCUGAUGCACCAGCGGGAAGGGUGAUAUUCGAAUUGUUCAAUGACACGGCUCCUAAAACCGCUGAGAACUUCCGAGCCUUAUGUACUGGCGAGAAAGGCGUGUCUCCCAUCUCAGAAGUACCCCUCUACUACAAAGGAUGCACAAUACAUCGUGCGAUCAAGAAUUUCAUGAUCCAAGGAGGCGACUUCACGAAAGGAAACGGCACUGGCGGAGAAUCCAUAUAUGGUGCUCCUUUCCCCGACGAAGAUUUUCACCGUCCCAUAGACUCCGAAGGGCUCCUUGUAAUGGCUAACAGGGGACCUGAUACAAAUUCUUCCCAAUUCUUCGUCACGGUCCGGCCAUGUCCCCAUCUUAAUGGGAAGCACGUCUGCUUCGGCCGUGUAGUGACAGGUUACGACGUUAUCGAGAAGAUCGUCAAUGUUGAGACAGACAGCAAGGAUCGGCCCUUGGAGAAGGUUGUUGUUGCGAGCUGUGGCGAGCUGGAAUUCAGGCGAGCUCCGGUAAAGCCUGCACCAGGUUAG